AUGACGAGGAAGAAGAAGAAGAAGAAGAAGAAGAAGAAGAAGAUGAUGAUGAUGAAGAAGAAGAUAAUGAAGAAGAAGAAGAAGAUGAUAAAAAAGAUGACGAAGAAGAAGAAGAAGAAGAAAAGAAGAAAAAAAAAACAAGAAGAAGAACAAGAAGAAGAACAAGAAGAAGAACAAGAAGAAGACGGUGUAAAUAAUCAUUAUAACAAUGACAAAGAUGAUGAGGCUGACGAUAACGCCAUAGUAGCAGCAUUUGUUGAUGUUAUGGGUGACGGUGACGAUGAUGUGACCAGGACGAGACGUCAAAAAAUUACUAAUGUAAAUCAAUUUUAUGUUCGCCCGCUACUUAAUGCGACACGACAUUAA